GUUUUUAUUAAUCACAUUUAUUUGAUAAAAAUUUAAUAUAACAAAUUUGCUCAAAAACUAACAGUAAAUUAAACUCUUUGGUAAAAGGAUUCAAAGCAUUGUGGUGAGCUAAAAUUUAUAUAAGAACAACUUUCGAAUUUUUAUAAAAUGAGUGUAUAAUAGGAUAGACUGAAUUAAAUUAUUGAAAUUUUAAAAACUCCUUCAUCCCUUAGAGCCGAAGUAUAGAUAAGUUUCUUGUAGCAAGAGACAAAUCAUAUAGGUCUAUUCAAAUAAUACAAGGAAGAAGAUGGAGAUGAUGAGCUUUAGAGGCUUUGUUGUAUGUAUAUGAAGUAUGAAUAUCAAUCAAAAGAUUAAACUCUAUUCAACAUAGAUGAUUUUGGUACCAAGUUCUAUAUCAUAUUAUCAGGAAAGGUAGGUGUUUAUAUUCGCAUGCCUAAACAAAAAAGGUUAGAAUUAUUUUAGGAAUAAAAUAACUAAAAUAAAGCACAUGAGCCAGAUCCUUUACAAAUGGUAAAGGAAUUAAGAAUGGGAGAUUCAUUUGGAGAGCUAGCCCUUCUUAAAAAUAGUAAAAGAUUAGCUACUAUUAUAUGCAAGGAAGAUUGUCAUUUUGGUGUCAUUGAUAAAAAAAUUUUUAACUUAGCACUCAAAGAAAAGGAAGAAGAAAAACUAAAUAUUUAAAUGAGAUUCUUAGCUAAUUCUCCUUUGUUUAGUAGAUUGCCAAAAAACACUAUUAAGCAUCUUCAUAUGAAUGCGUUUUAUGUAUAGUACUAAAAAGGUCAACCUGUUUACUUAGAAGGACAAAACUCCAACUCUUGCUUUGUAAUCAAAAGUGGAGAGUUUACUAUAUAUAAAACUAUUCAACAUGUUAUGAAGACUCAUGAAAAAAAAAACUAAUAUUUGACAGGUGGAGAGUAAAAAAAUUUAGAUAUUAAAAUAAGUGUUUUAGGUAAAGGUGAACUUUUUGGUGAAAUUGAAUUGAUAUAAGGAGAUUCACGCUGCACUAGUGCUUUUUGUUCAAGCUUAGAUGGAGGAGAGUUAAUGAUUAUUAACAGGACUGAUUUAGAAAAUAAAGUUUUAUGUGAAGAGGAAUAUAUGCAAUAGUUUUAAAAUUAUAUUAAAAUGAAAAAGGAAUAGCUAAAAAAGAGAAUAGAAGGGAUUAAAAAUUAGCUACACAAAUACCAAACUUAUAGGUUUAUGACAAGCGCGUUAAAAAUUCAUGAAGUAGAUGUUUGUGAGAAAAUAAAAAAUAAAGAGCUAAAUUACUCAAUUGAUGUUUUAGAUGAUGUUAUUCAGAGUUAAACUGAUAAAAAUGAUGAUGAUGAAGUAGGAAUUUUAUCAGCCUAAAAGUCUUCCAAAUUAAAGUAGCUAUAACAAGUUUAGAAAUAUAAACCGAAGUCUAAAUCUUCAAUUAAUAUUUUGAGCAACACUAAUUUAAAAUUUUAGAAUAAUUAGAGUUAAACAAGUCUACUAAAUUUGGCAUCAAUAAAUGAUUUAGCUAAUCAUGAAGAAAAUUCAUAAUUAAAAUCAUAAAACUCACAAUAAUAAAUCACAUAACCUUCUUCACAAGAAAAGUUAAAUAUAAACAGUUCUCAGUAAAUAAAUAAUUUUGCUCCUGUGGAAGAUAAGAAAAUCAAUGAAGUAACUGCUCAUAUCACUAAAAACUCAAAGGAAUAGUUUAUGAAUAAAUGGUUUAAAUAUGGAGAAGGAGAAGAAGGUCCAUAAUAAAGUGAAAAUAAAUCUAAAAAAUAAAAAUUAUUGAGAGUAGAGCUGAAUUCUUACACUGAAUUAAAAAAUAGCAUCAGAAAAAAAACAGCUAUUGCCUUAAGUAAGCAGUAUCGCCUUCCUUAUGAAAAAUUUAUGUAUGCUGGAAGCAUGUAUGACAUAAGUUAAAGCGAAGAUUGGAUGAAAUAAUAACAAAUGUAACCUUAGUAAUAACCAGAUACAAUUAACAGGAAGACAAUAUCUUCUUUAUCAAAAUUAAGAGUUUAGACAUAAGCAACACUAAAUCAUAUCUAAACAUGCAGACAUAUGAGCUAAACUGAUAAUUUCUAAGUAGAAAAUUAGUCUUCUAUUCAUAAGAUUAAGAGUUUAGCAUGUUUAGAUGCCAAAUAAAAUCUGAAUAAUAUAAAAUAAUAAUAAAAACCUGUAAUUAAAGAGGAUUUUUAACACCUAAAAAGUAUCUAGUAAUUUAGCCUACCUGAUGAAUAAGCUAAAAACAACUUUUUUAAUUCUAUUUAAAGAAUUUAAAGCAGUGUCAGCUUAAAAUCUUAGGAUAGCAAAAAUUGGAUUAGCAAGUAAUAAAAAGAAAAUGAUAAUUUUAAAUCAGAGCUAUUGGACAAGCUUUAACAAUUUAAAUAACAUUAAUAACAUUAAUAAUCAUAAAAUGAUAUUCCAAAUUUAAAAAAAUAAAGUUCAAAAAGUCCAAAAAAAGACACUGAUUUAAUUGAAGAUGUAAAUUUAAUGAAGAGCAUAGAAGAUCAUUAUAAUAAUAGUCUAACAGAAGAGGGUAGCAAAAAGUACUAAAAGAAACUAAAAAACAUUUUAAAGCUUGAUAUUCAGCAUGAAUCUUCUGAUAAUUCCAGGACAAGCACAUCAAAUCUCAAUACUCCAAAAUUAAUUUAAAGCAAAAAAGCUAGCUAAGCAUCUCUAUUUAAUAUGAGCUCUUCUACAAAUUUAAAAUCCUAACAAAACUUAGACAAUAAGUCCUAGUUUAGUAGUAUACCUCUAAAGAAUGCUGAAAUUCUUUUUGAAAAAUAAGGUAAAAAAUUAUAAAAAAAGCAACAUCUAAGACUUCAUGAAAAUAAAGACUCACCUCUUAAGUUUCAAUUUUCAUAAUCCACAAGACACUCAAUGGCAACAAAUUAUUUUUAACCAAAAAAUUUCGUUGAAGAUUAAAACUAACUCCCUUAUUGGGUAUAACCACUUAGCACCCAGAAUAGUGAUUAAUAGCAAUACUCUAAAAAUUAAAUAAUUGAUUUUAAUAAUUAAAAUAAUUAAUCUCUCUCUUAAACAUUAUCUCCUUAAAAUUAGAAAUAAAAAUAAUAUAAAAUGCAAUUAUCUUCAUACUUUAAACCUAAAAAUAUAAAAAGUGAAUUUGGAGAAGAUUUAGAAAAAGAAACAUCUUUAAUUGAUAAGCAAUUAUCCAAAGAAUAAAAUUAAUUAACUCUAUCUCAGAAUAAAUAAAAAUCCUUCAUUUACAAAAACAACUCCUCUGCUCAUGAGAUGAAUUAAAUUAUUUCUAUAAAAUCCGUAAAUAAUUUGUCUGACUUAAAUAAUAGAGCAAUUUCGUCAGAGAGAUAAUUUAGAUAAAAAUAAUAAACAAAUGGAAGCAGCAGCUAAAAUAUAUUUUAUAAAACAUUUCAUUAAAAUAAAAAAAUACUUAAAAACAUAGCACCCUACAAUAACAAAAAACAAACUUUAGAACAACCUGCAAUUUAUAAAUUUCAAUAAGAUUCUCCUUUAAAAGUUAAAAAAUAUUAAUAACUACUAUAACCUUAACAAUAGCAAUACAAUUUACUAAAUUAAAUUCUUUCUACUCCAAAAAUUACUAAUAACUCUUGA